AUGUUUAGUGCUAAGAGAAAGGAUGUGGCCGAGGCACUCAUAGGUUUUUUACACGCCAUCUUCACUAGCUUUUACGUGGAUGUUUUUAUUGGGCAAUACGUUUUGGUAGGCGACCGUGAUGAAAACAUGGGGCCUACGCACGACAAUGGUAAUCACAUCGAUAGAACUAUUAGUAGUAGACGCAGCGACGGGGGUGCGAUAUGGUACCUUGCGCUGACGCAGUUACUGUACUUUUUUUUGCUUCUGAAAAAUAGUGUUAUCUUCAGGCAACAUGCCAGCACGGCUACAUUUUCGUCGUUUCCCCUGCGACGGUUGUCUUCGUUGCCAGUGUGCGGAACUUUAUUGUCCUUUUGUUUUGCAUUAAUGUGGUUCCCUCUCGAUCUGCCGUUUCUCAACGCAGCUACAUCGUUUACGCUGUUAACGGCUGCUUAUCAGGCACUAUUUGCUCGUUGCAGGAAAUUUGUGGAUGCCCUUUCGAGAAGUUCGCUAAGGCGUCCGGAGGGUAAUAUCGCCUGUACGCUUUUUGCGGCAGUAGGCGUGGCCGUGGCGUGUUGGCUCCACGGCAUUCCCAACAAUCCACAACCAAUGCGGUGCUUCACAACCUUUUGUGCGGUUAGCGGGGCCGUCGGUUUUUUUGCUUGUGGUCGCCAGAAAUCGCAUUCGAACUCGUGUUUUGGAACUGACAUUACGGAAGGUGAUGACGGGGACGUGCUGCAGGAAGCGGUGUGGUUUGUACAACAGACCAUGCUCCGCAGCAGCAUGAAGGUUGCUUUGCUGUUGUGGAUGUUUCAGGGAUACAAUGGCUUGAUUGCUACGAGUUUCAUUAGCGUGUUUCUUACUGCUUGCCACGAUACAAUUCCGCUUCCUCUUCGAGGGUUGUUGCUGUUUAUCGUUUUCGUAUUGCCGCAGGGGACAGACACGGUUUUGGCGUCAUUCAAAAGGGUGGUUGGAAAGAAGCGCCUUGUCGCCCUUCUUCUUGCAUUGCUAGCGUUCAUUGGCUUUUUGUUUAUCCUCGUGGCAUUGCGGGAUCACUUGUUUAUUUUACACAUGAGCCCAACAGCAUCCACGUUGUCUUUUGCGGUCCUGCUUGUUAUGCAUCGGCUGAUGAUUGAUACAUUGAGUCGUGUCCAAAGUUGGGUCCUCCGCGAUGUGGUGGAGGAAGACACAGUUAUUUUCUGUCGCCCCAAGCCAAUGACGGCAAAUGUGCAAUUGCUACUUGAUAGUGCUUCUCAACUUGUGCAGUGCGUGGCACUGGUUCUAACUUCCCUCCAUUUAGUGAGCGUUUCAAGCGGGAAAAGCGUAAAACCAUUCAAAGCCGCGUGGGUCGUGGGUUGCCCGACUUUAGUAAUGUCAGUAGUGAUGUUGUUGAUUUGGGUGCGAUGGUACAACUUGGAAGGUUCACAUUUGCAGUUUGUGAAGAUGGCAAUGCGGAAGCGUGCGGACGGGUCCGAUCCAGUUGUUUAA